CAGCGACCGCUCUGCGCAUGCGCCGUGUCUGCCUCCACACCAUCAGCUGCUGCUCUCCACGCGUGUCUCAUGCUUCCUCUGCUGUUAAGUCUGUUUUGAGGCAGAAGUUGAAGGAAUACAAGACGUGUUGUUGGUCAACAUGGGAGGACAGGCUAAAGGGAAGAAGAAAAGUAAACCGAAGAGGAACGAGAACCGUCCCAACAGAGAUGCAGGAAUUGUGGGAUUGUCGCCUCAGGAGCGGAUGAAAGUAAGAAUGCAUGAAAAAGCGAAGAAGAAGACAGCUGAGAAGUACUCUGUGCAGCAGCUGCUAGAGAAGACAGAGGAAUGCAUGGACAGCUUUGACUUUGAGAUGGCUGGCCUUUUCUGCCAACGAGCCCUGGAUGUGGAGUCCACCAACCUGCAAGCUCUAGACAUGCUGGGACACAUCUACUCUGAACUAGGAGACACACUGAAAGCUAAGGGAGCCUUUCUGCGUGCAGUGGAGCUGAGCCCAGAUGAAGGCCACAGUAAGUACAUGUACCUGGGACAGAUCCACACAGGUCAGGAGGCUGUGGACUAUUACACGAAAGGAAUACAGGUCCUACUGUCUGCAUUGGACAAACAAGCACAGACAACACAGGCCGGAGCUGCCGCCCGAUCAGAUGAGGACUCUGAGCUGCCAACAGCAAAAGAUGUUAGCGCAGCAUACUGUUCCAUCGCUGAGAUUUAUCUCACAGACCUCUGCAUGGAAGAGGGAGCUGCAGACAAGUGCAGAGAGUUUAUCGAGAGAGCAUUACAGUAUCACCAUGACAACCCUGAGGCUCUACAGCUCAUGGCCAGUUACCUGUUCAGUACAGAGAAAAACCAGGAAGGCAGAGAAUACCUGUUGAAGAGCGUCGGAUUGUGGCUUCCUGCCCAGAAACAGAGUGCAGCUUCCUCCAGCACAGACGAGCGCAUGCAGAGUGAGAUCCCUCCGUACGAAUCUCGCAUCACCACGGCCAAACUGCUCAUCGAGUCUGAGGAAUACGAGACGGCCGUAGAUGUGUUGGAGGGUCUUCUGGAGGAGGAUGAUGAGGUAGUCCAGGUGUGGUAUCUCUCUGGCUGGGUGUGUUACCUCCAGCUGGAAAAAUCAAAGGAGCAGCAAGAAAGAGAGGGAAGGGAAGUGACGGAGGAGGAGACAGAGGAGCGGAAGGCGCUUAAGGAGGCUGCCAGAUCGUACCUGACCAACGCUAAGAAGGUAAAAACUCAAACAAUGUAA